AGUCAAUGCUAUAAAGCUUACCCAGACAUGACCUUGUUGCCAAUGGAGAAAUGUUUGGAAAUUUUCACAUGAAGAUAGGCAAACCAUGUCGGUUGUCGAAACUACAAGGUUCAUCAGGUUUCGAGACUCUAAUAAUGCAUGGAGAUACAACUUCUUUUUAACUUUUUCAAAGUCGUUAUCAAAGUUCGAGUGCAUAAUGAUUCCAGUCAUGAUGCCCGAAAUUCAGAUGUCUUUGAUUUCCCUUCUCUUCAUUUCCGUCUGGGUAUGCACUGUAUCUUCAAUAACAAUCUUAGAGGGUCCAACCAACACUGCAAGUGACCUAGGUACAUAUGCUAGACUAACAUGUCGAGUAGCAGAUCAAGGAAGCGAGCCCGUCCGAUGGUUUCGGAUUGACAACAAAAGCAUCAUCAGUACCGACAGCAAGAUCAUCAAGCGUGCCCUUCGGAGAAGACUGAGGAUCGAAGGCAACACGUUAUUAGGAGAGUACCAUCUUGUCUUUCGACAGGUGACUCGCAGCGAUAACGGUACAUAUGCCUGUGGUGUGUAUUCAACUGAAACCAGGCAAACGAUAAUGUCUCCUCCGGUGUCUUUGAUAGUCGUUGAGCAACCAACGUGUAGCCUAUCGUCCUCAGAGUCACUUGCACCAGGAGUGACUGUCACCCUUUCCUGUGCUUCCCAUAAUCCGGGCCUUGAUGUGAGCUUGUCGUGGCACAGACCUGCAGAACCUGAACAAGUAAUCUUCGGGUCUACAAACGUCAAUCAAACAGGCAAUACUCGAUACAGUCAACUUAACAUCACACUUAGACCAACUGACUUCGGAGAAAGUUAUAUGUGCAAAGAGGCAUCAUUGAUAGAACCUACCUUCAGCAAGGCGUGUACCAUUACCCCUCUCGAGACAAAUGUUCCUGUGAUUCUUUUUCCAAAGCAGAUGCAAGCAGUGCAGGGUCAGGAUGUUUCAUUCAGAUGCAUCAUAGCUAGUAAGAACCCUCUUACCUACGAAUGGUAUAUCAAUGGAUUGAGAGAUUAUAAUGCCAGAAAGGACAAGUAUCUCUUCUCUCCCGUCACUUUGGAUCACAACAACACCAGAGUGGAAUGUAGAACCCGUGAUGAUAUCGCACAAAUGACCGGAAACGCCAGUUCAAUUCUGUACGUCUACCCUAAGAAUAUUCCAUCUGUGACCACAGAAGCGGUUGUUGAAAGAUCGCAAGAUUCAUCCAGUGUGACACUGGAUACCCACUUUAUUGGCGUUCCACAAGGCAAGACGACGCAAUCUACCGCAGAUAAAGUGACAAGCGAUUCACAAGCAGCCACAUCGCCUGAAAUACAAGAUACUGUAAAACCUGUGACGAAGGAACCCUCGGUGAAUACAACUGUCAAUAAUGCAAUUCUAAGAUCUCCAAUACCCCCAUCCAAUGUUGCUCGUGAUGACCUUCCAUCUGGCCUUGGAAGCACUAGUGAGAACAAGUGGUCAAAUAUGAUGGUUCCCGUAAUAGCCAUUGGAUCGGUCAUCGCAGUCCUCCUUGUGUGCGUCAUCGUUGUUCUCUUGCUCUUUCUUGUUCGUCAAAAUCGUGUCGCCCAUGGCAGUACGGCCGACAAAGACGACUCUCGUAAAAGUGACAUUCACAUGGAUGAACUUCGACAUCCUGAUGUGUCACCUGCCAACAGAACGUUAAAUAGCGAGAGUACCGAGAUGGAAUGCGAUGAUGCAGAGUGUUUAGGACCAAAGUAUUUUACAUUGGAACCGGGGAAACGAAAAGUACGUCGUCUUGAACGCACAUGUAGUCACAUGAUCAUGAACGACUCUGCGUCAGAGUACAACGUUCUGCGCAGGGAUGCAAGCCUGAGGACACCAGCAGGAGUUCAAAUGAAUGACUAUGUGCGGCCGGAUUCGCAAAUCUCCACAGGUGAUGGAGACAUGAGUACAGUCGCAGCUUAUGCCAUAACAGAUGUAACCCUAGGAGGCGGAACGUCAUCUUUGCGAAGGAGCAAGAGCUGCUUAAGACCGUUACCCGCUGCGCCUAUCGAGGCAAUUAUGAACAGAAGUCAUUACAACAUUCCCAGAGACGCGUUCGCGAAGGGGUCAAGCGCAACUGAAAGUAGUGGGGACAGUGUGACAAUGUCAGUUGUACGACGUGUCAUGUCGGAUACGAUACCUGGUGCGUACAGGAGAUCUCAAGUAGCUACAGCCUUCUCACCCGCAGGUGAUGAAUACGCCGAGAUUGAUACUCCACCAAGAGCUUCUUCACCCAUUAACUUCUUCACCCAUUCUCGCCCGAACUCACCGGACACCUUGCAGGAGAAUGGCCUCCAAUCUGUCAAAGACUUUGCCCUGUCUCUAGCCAGUAGUUACGAGAGUGGUUACGAUGCCGCAAGCAGUGAUGAUGUCAUGGAUUGCGACAUGUCAUCACCGUACGCGACCAUAGACGUCCUUGAGCAGAAGGAUCAGUCAACGUUACCAGAGCAAACUAUCGCGGAAUCAAAUUUGGGCAAGGAAGCUGAACCUAAAAAGAUGCCAGUUUAUGCCAAAAUUAAGAGAACACGCGGGACGCAGGUGGAAGAUAAAAAUAUUGAUGAUGACAAUGAUUUGUUAAGUGAGGUCGUUUGCUGAAACUAUAUAUAUAUAUAGCGCUUACGCAAAGUAUAAUAAAACGUAAUUACAUACUUCGAGAUUGAAUUACAGACGAUGAUCGGUACAAGAUGAUGGUGAAGUUCGUCAACGAAUAUCCAAUAGCGGCCUGCUUUUGGAUGGAUUCGGAAUCCAUGAACCGUCUGGUAAAGACGUAUCGGAAAAGACUAGCAGUUAACACGGUACUUUGUGUAAUGAUUGUAUAUUUUGAGUUUUUUACGUGUUUGUUAGAUCAACUUUUGUGAGUAUCAAUCAAUAAUAAGAUACGAAGUUGGAGUCCUUAUCGAAUAUCUUCCAUCAUUCCUCUUAUGUAUGGCAUGGCCGUAGUAAUUGAUAACGGAUAGGGGUCGCUUCGUUACGGCAACUUUCUGUAAAGAUGAUACUAUUUAACGUGUACGAUGUUGCUAGGGCUAUUCAGACUUUGUAAAAUCAAUUCGAAAUUGUUAUUUGGUAAAUAUUAAUACUUUACGAAAAGAGAGCAACCGAAAGAUCAAAGCGAUCAAAUAAUUGUUGAGACGUCCUGUAGCGUAAAAGAAAUAAGUUUUCUUUCACAAAUCGUGUGCAAAUUCGUCCUGCAUGUUGGGAUAUUAAACUAUUUGAUUCUGUGAAUCUAUUUAUGGGCUUUCACUUAUCUCUAUCAAUUAGAACUCUAUAUUAAUUUGUUAGACAUAGUUUUAAUCUUUGUGUCCUCGGUGGUGUAUCAUAAUGAGAUCA